AUGCCUCCUCAUGGUUCUUCGUUUAGUACGUUGAAUUUGCCCUCAACAUUCUCACUACCGGAGUGUAUGGAAUAUUUUACUCUUACUGCCGGUCCUAACACGGAUCUCUGGCGGAAGCCGCCCAACGGAGACACUGCUACGGCACCUAUUGUUUUUACCUCGUUACGAAACCCUUUCGUAGUCGCCGAAGUCACUGUGAGUGCGGACUGGGAGAUGGAAUCAGAUCAAGGCGGCAUCGUUGUUUUCGCCGGAGCCGCACCUCAAUCCUUCUCCUCAGAGAAUGUGCCAAUAUCACCAGUGACGCCUUUUAUUCGUCACGAAAUAUCCCGGUCUCUGCGGCCGUGCAGAUGGGUCAAAGCUGGCAUGGAAUUCUGCUCGGGGACAGUGAACGCAUCCUCAGUCAGUGCAACGGCUGACGGAGCUGACUGGUGUGUCUCGCCCCUCUGUCUGCCUGACAAUGGACCGACGACUGUGCAUUCUCUGCGGAUCAAGUUCGAGCGCGUUGGUCAUUCACUUGUGGUCUGGUAUCAGAUUCCAACACUGUCCCCAUUUGCAAGGACGCCGGGUGCUGUGGGCAGCACGUGGAAGAAGCUACGAGAAGUGACAUGGUUCUUCUACGGGGUAGAAGACAAGUUUGUCCAUGUGGGUGUGUAUGCUAGCCGGCCGGCCAAUAUCUCGCGUAAUAGCACCGUGUGGGCGAUGAUGAACGGUCCGAUGCUGGGCAGCAGCGCCACGGCCGGCUCUGAGGAAGGGUUGGUGGUGGAAUUCGAAGAUUUGGAGAUAUAUUGA